UAUGCUUAAUAUUGUUAGUUAACUAUUAUUGUUACAAUAUACUUCAUAAUUUUUAAUCAUUUUUAAUUAAUUUCAUUUUUAUUUUAGUUAAAAAUAUGUGGUAUAUAUUAAUGUAUCAAAUGAUUAUUUUAAUAGAUUUUAAUUUUUAGUUUAAAAAAAAUUACUGGAUAGACUUAGACCAUCUCCAAUCACUUCUGAUUUUAUCUCUAUAUUUAUCCUAAAAUAGAGAAAUUCUACUAUAGAUGUUGAUUUUUUCCAAUGUAUGCAUAUAUAAUAGAGUUCUUUUACUUUUAAGAGAAAAUAUAUAUUUUUAAAAGAAAAUAUAAAAAAAAUAUUGUUUUCAUCCGUAAAUAGAGAGACAUCCUCUAAAUUUUCCUAAAUGAAUUCUAUUAUAGUGGCAUAUAUUAAAGCAAAUCUACCUCUAUAAUAAAGAUCUAUGUUCUAGAAGAAAAUAUAGAGACAUUCGAAGAUGUUCUUAGAAAAUAGAAAACUUCGUCAUUAUAUAUAUGAUUUAAAUGUACAUAUACGUAUUCACUUAUCCAUUCCAUUUCAUAUACGUAUAUUGUCUGCUACUGUCGGGAAAUAUCCGCUUAACAUGGUAACGUCUUUAGCAUCUACUUUUGUCUGUCUAAGUUAAAGCACUGGCUUUUAACAAUGUAUGAUUUAAUUAGUAAAUACAUUGGUUUUGCUCACGAUUUAACUCAUUCUCUUCAAAACCUAUGCAGACGAAGACUUGGUUCUUAAACUUUUCAGUGUUCAUUCUCAAGAUCUUCGCAUAUUCGAAAGCUUUGGAUGUUACUCAAUAUGGAGCUGUUGGAGAUGGAGUUACAGACGAUUCUCAGGCGUUCUUGAAAGCCUGGGAAGCUGUUUGUAGCGGAACCGGAGAUGGGCAGCUUAUCGUUCCGGCAGGAAUGUCAUUUAUGUUACAGCCCUUGAAGUUUCAAGGUUCUUGCAAAUCGACCCCUAUUGCUGUUCAGAUCUUGGGCACUCUCGUUGCAUCAAGUAGAGGGAAAUGGAAAGGAGACAAAAACCAAUGGAUUCUCUUCUCAGACAUAGAAGGGCUUGUGGUUGAUGGUAACGGCAAAAUAAACGGCCAGGGUUCGAGCUGGUGGGAACACAAAGGCAGUUCUAGACCAACCGGAUUGAAGUUCAAGAACUGCAACAAUCUUAGACUUCGUGGCUUAACUCACGUAGAUAGUGCGAUGGCACACAUUCACAUAAACGGUUGCAAUGAUGUAACCAUCUCAAAUCUCCGGAUAAAUGCACCAGAAUCAAGUCCUAACACCGAUGGCAUCGAUAUAGCCGCUUCAUCCAAUGUUGUCAUCCAAGACUGCGUAAUCGCCACUGGUGACGAUUGCAUUGCUAUAAACUCGGGGACGGCUAACAUAAGAAUCUCCGGUAUAGAUUGCGGACCAGGCCAUGGAAUAAGCAUAGGAAGCUUAGGAAAAGAUGAAGGGGUAGCUUCAGUGGAGGAUAUAUGUGUCCAAAACUGUAACUUUAGAGGAACUAUGAAUGGAGCUAGGAUCAAAACCUGGCCGGGAGGAUCUGGAUACGCAAGAAGGAUUACUUUCAAUGGAAUUACUCUAGAUAAUGUCGAGAAUCCAAUCAUUAUCGAUCAGCAUUACAAACAUGGAGAUUCUGAUAAAUCCACUGAUGAUAAGUCCUCGGCGGUGGAAGUGAGCAAAGUUGUGUAUAGUAACUUCGUGGGAACGUCCAAAUCAGAGUACGGUGUUAACUUUAGGUGCAGCGAGAGAGCACCAUGCACAGAGAUAUUUAUGAAAGAUGUGAAAAUAAAUACGGCAUCAUCAGGAAUGGGACAAGUAGCGCAAGGACAGUGUUUAAACGUGAGAGGCGGUGUGACAACACUUGCGGUACCAGGUUUAGAGUGUUUAGCACUUUCCACAGAUUGGGGGACACUGCCGGAACAAGCUUGUAUGUUGCCGCAGCAAUCAGGGCAGCCAGAUACACGACCGUCGCAAGAUCCGUUAUGGGUUUAUGGAAGCGGAGGAAAACAUUUAGGAGUAUAUAGUGUCGUAUUAACUUCAUUAAUUAAUCUCUUUUGGUUUUAAUUAUGUUUUAGGUUAAUCAAAGGCCAAUAUGAUAAAUUAAUUGGUUUUCAUUAUUGUCAUAACCUAGAUUCAAGCAUUAUUUGUGUAAAAACAAUAAUUUCCGGUUAUAUUGUAGUGACAACAAUGUUUGAAAUGUAAAGCCUCUUAUCAACUCCUCUGCAACUGAUACACACCUAAACUAAACACAUGAAUUACACCACUCAAAGUUUUAAUAUUCUUCUGUACAGCAAAGACAUACUUCUUCAGACUACAGAAAACUAGAAAUGAAAAUCAUGUUUGUUCAAAUCUCAGCUUAAGCAAGAGGCACAAAUUUACAAAUAAGCUAUAAGAAAAAUUAUUUACUCAGCAGAAGCAUAGUGUUUUGUCCAGUCAUACAAUCCUUAACAAGAAUAAAAAGACACAAACCAGACCAUUGGAACUGAGUCCAAAAGGUGAAAUGUAAAGCCAAGGAUAAAAGCCUAUCAAACCAAUCCCUGAAGUCUUAUCAAGACAGGUUGGUUGUUCAAAGUAUGCCACACAUUACAAUAAACACUCGGAUUACCCCUCGGAUUACCAUUAAAGUUAGUUAUCAUAUACGGUUAUAUACUUAGAAUAUAAUUUCUCUGGGAUCUGAUUAGAAUCGCUGAUCGGAUUACCAUUAAAGUUAGUUAUCGCAUAUGGUUAUAUACUUAGAAUAUAAUUUCUCGGGGAUCUGAUUAGGAACGCUGAGAGCUGCUUGGAGCACCUCCAACGUAUCAACU